GAGAAGAUGCUAGUUGUGGUACGAGGUACCCUCCGCCACGCACCGUAUGGUGGAUUGCGGAAUAUGUAUGUAGAUGUAGAUCUACUUGUUCCAGUGUGACCAACUUGCGCUCUGCAGCGUCGUCUGCCUGUCCUGACAGUAGUGGCUGAGACGAACGUAGCAGAAGUUGCGCCGAGUCUGAGCGCCAAAGCGGAAACUCGGCACGCGUUCACCGCGGACGCUACAGAGGACGUUAUCGGGAAGUAGCCUGGAGAGGCGUUUAACGGUGUGAUUGGUGAGCGACGUUGCUGCCCCCUUUACAGUUAGUGCUCGUACUCGCUCAUGCGGGAAGGCUCAUCUCUCGCUACGCCACACUUUGCCGCCGGCGGCCUCCGCGCUUGUCUCCAGGGAGCUCCUGGCUACCUCGCCUGCUCCCGUCUGAGCCUCCGUCUCCGUCACCGCCACUGCAAAGAACGAUGGUGGUGAUGUUGAAGAGAUGCUGUUGCCACGGGUGUUCUCUCAAGACAGGUGCCAUCAUCAUCGGCGUGUCUGGCAUUGUGUACGGCAUUGCAAUGAUAAUCGAAUACCUCUAUGUUAUGCCAUCGACAUACUCGGAGCUGAAGUACAAGUGGAGCUUUGACGUGCAGUUGAUGUCGUACAUCACCCUGUGUCUGGGCCUGCUCACACUGCUGAUCAACUGUAUCCUGAUAGUGGGCGUCUGUACGGAAUCCAAGGGUCCUUUGCUGGCGUGGACGAUUUUCACAGCCGUAGUAACAGUACUGGGAAUGGCCCUUUGUCCCUUGACUGUGGAAAUAUACUUCUGGGACAACAAUGUCAACCUAGCCAUCAUCAUACUGUGCAGCGGUUUCACAAAUCUCUCAAUAUAUACUACCUAUUGGUGGUGUACAGCUUCUACCGCACGAUUGGAAAUUCGUCAGUGGAUGAUGUCGAAAUUAUAUGACCGUGGAAUUUCUUAUCCAUUAUUGCAACAAACAAUAGGUUGAUAUCACUGAGUAACACGGUACAUUUUUAACAAGCACGAUCUACUAGAAACAUCGAAUAUUGUUAACGCUAGUAAAUAAUUUCAUUCAGACAUAUGGAAACUACUAGUAACAGAAAAAACAUAUUCGGUCACAGACUGCUUCGACGUCCUUCAACCACGCCCUAUCGAAAGCCCCUUGCGCUGUUCCAUUUAGCCUCUGUUAUCUUGUGAUCCCAAAAGUGAAGUAUAACUAAGCCUUCUUCUAAACCUCACUUUUAGUUUUCUUGCUUUCCAAUCAGUUAACUUUUAUAUCUAGCUUAUUAGGAUAAGUGUACAUAUUUACUUUAUUAUAAGAAUAUCACGUAAAUAAUAAGAGAACGUUAAUAGCAAACUCGAUUUGUAAGCUACAGCAAAUAAAAUGAGACGUAAAGGUAA